CCUUCUUUUCCUCCAUUGAAGGAGAUCCGAAUUUCAAAGGAAUCUCCUCUUUUCUUCCAUAAUAAACUCAAACUAUUUCAACAGAUCUAACGAAACUGAAAUCAUCACAACAAAAUGAGAGCUCUCAAUUCUCAUAUUGUCCUCAUUGAUCAUUCUCUUCAAUCAGCUACGCAAAUCGCUUCCUCAAGUUUUUCCUACCUCAAAACUUCCAAAAUAUUCCAUCGAAAUACUCAUAGACGUAACAGUAACAGUAACAGUACUACUAUCUCGUCAUCCGCAGUUCCAGUGCCAUCGAUUCGAUCCCCAAACGUUCGUAGGCCACGCGAUCGAACAUCGCCUGGAAAUGGACAGACAGCGGUUUCGGUUUCGUGGAAUUCAUCUCGAUCGGAAGAAGUAUCUGAACUGGAAAUGUUUCUAGAUCUAGUACCUUUAAGGAUGAGGAAUGAUCUGUUCACGCAUCCGGAUGUUGGACAACUGAUUGAAGUAGUAAUGGAUUUAGGAAGAAAGCCUUUGGCUAGGUUUCCUUUUGGCGAUUGGAUGAUUUCUGAACAGAUAGUGAAACCUGAGGAUUUAGAUCAUGCUAUAUCGAAGGUUGGUGAGUUUUCAGAUGAUAAUCGUUCAGGAAUUAAUAGUUCGUUACAUCGUAUAAGUGCUAUACGAAAUCGAAAAAGUCAAAUCAUAGGUCUUACUUGUCGAGUUGGUCGAGCUAUUAUGGGUAGUGCAGAGAUUAUUCGUGAUCUUAUUGAAGGAGGAGACUCGAUCUUGGUUGUAGGACCUCCAGGAGUUGGUAAAACAACCUUGAUCAGGGAAAUUGCCAGAAUGUUGGCUGAUGAGCGGAAGAAAAGGGUUGUCAUUGUAGAUACCUCAAAUGAGAUAGGUGGUGAUGGGGAUGUUCCUCAUUCUGGUAUUGGUUUUGCUAGACGGAUGCAAGUUCCUAACGUAGAUAUGCAACACAAUGUAAUGAUUGAAGCUGUUGAAAAUCAUAUGCCUGAAACCAUUAUAAUUGAUGAGAUUGGAACUGAGCUUGAAGCUAUGGCCGCCAGUACAAUUGCUCAAAGGGGAGUUCAGCUUGUUGCUACAGCCCAUGGAAUGACAAUCGAUAACAUAAUAAAGAAUCCAUCUUUGCAGAUUCUUGUUGGCGGCAUAGAGAGUGUUACUCUUGGUGACGAGGAAGCUAGAAAAAGGAAAGUGCAAAAAACAAUCUUAGAAAGGAAAGGACCUCCAACUUUUUCGUCUGCAGUUGAGCUGAUUUCAAAAACCGAGUGUCGUGUUCACCACCGUCUUGAUGCAACUGUAGAUACUAUAUUAGCUGGCAAGUCUCCUUUAUUUGAAAUUCGUUAUAUGGAUGCUGAAACUAGUAUAUCAUUGGAGUCAACCCCCUCAACAUCUGAGGAGAAGCAUAUAGAUGAUAAGCCAGACGUGAGUGACAAGGAAGAGGAAAGACCCGAAACUGAAUCUGAAACGAAAAAUAGAAAUGAACAUUAUGCAUACAGUAUCAAGAAAUCAGACAACCAGAGCAUGCCAGUAUAUGUUUACAUUUACAAGCAAAUCCUUGAAAUGGAUGUUGUUCAAGUUGCAAGUGUAAUGGGGCUGGAGGAUGUAGUUGUCACUGAUGAUAUUGAAGUAGCAGAUGCCAUUUUAGUCUGCAGCUCUGAGUUGAAACAGAACCCGUGGAUCCGAAGAGUCUCUAAAUUUCACCAAGUGCCUGUAUUUGUUAUAAAGUCGAAUACAAUGGCACAAAUGGUGAAGGCAUUGAGGAUGAUCCUUGGAAUGGAUUCCUUUGCUUCUUCGACAACAAAACCGCCUCUCAAAGGUUCUAAUUCCUUGGACAUUGAAAUCGAAGAUGAUGAUACUCCUCCAAAGAGGAAACCUUCACUUGAGGAGAUUGAUGCCUUAGAGGAGGUUCGGCUUGCGAUAGAGUAUAUAGUGAUUCCGGGUGGAGAGGCAGUUGAACUUCUGCCAAGGCGGUCUGACAUUGUAGCACGACAGCUUGAGCUUGUCGAAAGCUAUCAAUUGGCUGCAGAGUAUUCUGGAACAGAGGUUAACCCGAGGUUACACAUUCUUCCUCAAAAACUUCAAAGCAAGUCUUCCAAAAACGAGACUAAAAUGGCGGGUAACGAUGUUGGUAAGCUCCCGUUAUUGCCUUAAAUACAUAUAUAUUUUUUACCAAUUUACGUUGAAUUGUAAAUAUUCAUUCAACAAUUGAUCUCGAUUUCUUCAACCUUUGGUUGAGGCAUGUUGUAUAGUCUUGAUGUAAAACAAUUCUCUAAAUUAUUAUUUGUCAAUAUCAAUUCUUAUAAUGUGAAAAAGAUUUCAAUUCAUCGUGUUUCUAAUUGU